AUUGAUUAGAUUAUUGGAUGUGACCACACCUUCUUGAUUACCACCCAAUUUAUUUUUUGCAAGAGGUGUCCUCCAAUUUCCGCCCAUAUCCAAUCACGGCAUCCGGCAGUACCAACCAACAGGUACACAUUCAAGCAAGGUAACUAAUAAGGCAGCUUGCUAGGGUCCAGUCCAGUACGUGGUGAUGGUGGUGGUUGUGGUGGUGGUGGCACUUCCGCUGGAAAACUGGUCUUGUCUCUCUCUUUCUCUCUUUCUCUCUGGACAGACUCCGUCUCAGAUUCAGUCCAGAGCAACGUCUCGCCUGGAGUGGAGCCUGGCUGAAUUUCCUCCCGUGAAAGGAACGGUCAGAGGGCAACAAGUGGAUUCCGCCCGCGUGCUUUACUACCGAGAAGGAAUUAGUGACUCAACUUUUGGCACUUUUAGGCACCACCACCACCACCGGAAACAAGCGUCUCUCCUCCUGAUUCCCACGCUGGGAAUUAUCCCACACUACUCAAAUCAACAAACAAUCAACAAUCCAGAAUCAUAACUGCAUAUUAAUCAAGCCAAUAGCGGAGGGGGUUAGUUAGUCCGCUGCUGCAUGCAUGCAUGGUGAGUAGUGGCAGUGAUGUCCACGGGUGACCCCUACAGCAGCUUGGCGACAAGUCGGCUGAUUUCAAGCCGUCGAUCGGCCUCUCCUCCCGUCACGAAAGUAUCCCUUCUCCAGGGUCGCCUCCUCUCCAAGGCGCACUCCGACCUGGUUUCACCCCCCUCGCAGAGUCACAGUCAGACCAGACUCAAGAGCCCGGCCGUCGUUCAGAGAGCACUCAUGGGAAAUGCGCUCCGGUCCGGGAAUAAGUCACAAAACCAAAAAAGUACCAGCGACACUGCCGCAACCGCAACCACGACACCUGAAAAAGCAAAGCAGAAUAGCACCAGCAGCACUGGGAUCCGGGGUCAAGGACGCACCAACACAACCACAACCACUAGUAAGGGAUCCACACCACCACCACAAUCACAAUCACCGUCCACCACCACGGCACAAAUUAAGGUACAACUCCUCCGCACUUCGCCAGCCGCCAAGAUGAAGGAAAUCCUGACCGCGACAGCAACCACGAUCAACAAGGUGUCCAGUGGUAAAAAGUCUUCCAGUAGCAAAGGGGCAAAAAGCAGUAGCAACAAGGUCGCCUCCACCACGACUGCCGCCGCAGGUACGCCACAGCCCUCGAAACCACCCAGGAAGGUGAAAGAGGGGAAGGGCAGCAAAAAUAGUGGGAAGACGACCAAGAAGACCGUUAUUGUGACACCUCCGCAAAGUGAGUGUCGCAGUUUGCCCCUGACGACGAGUGGUAGUGCGACUACGACGACGACGAGGUCACAAUCGCCCAAGACGCCACCACCGCCACCCAUCCUGUCAGCCACGGUGAGUCUGAAGGACACUGCACCGUCGCCACGCUUCACAGUGAAGCACAGGCCACUCGCACCUCCUGCAGAGUCACGACACCACCACCGAUCCCUCCCCUCGCUCACUCCGUAUUUGAGUGAGACUCGUCGCGUGACCGAGUCGCAGUUCCUCCUCGCAGCGCCUCGUCCCACGAAAACGUCACUCAUGCGCCACAUCAUUGCGAGAGAUCCGUCCACUACUCCGCUCGCCUUUCGGGACUCCACUUUCCGCUCGACCCCGUCAGAAGCUACGCUCACGGGCAAUCUGACCUCCUCCGAUCUGGGCGUGCUACCCAGACAGAAGCGACGCAGGUCCGUGUCCUGCCUCAAUUUGCGCGAUUAUUCACAAUACGUCCUCGCUCUACGUCAUUCACACACUCGGUCGCCCCGUUUCGCCCGACUCCACUCCCUCUACUCAAGUUUAGACCGUCUUUGCGAGUUAGAAGCGUCUUCCGCCGCCCUGCCUCCACUCCUCCCCCUCGCCAAGAAAAAUGAUUUCGACGCCUGGUGGAAGGUGCGACAUCGACACAGAAUGGAGCAGGAGAUGGACACCUUGUCGAGAGAACUCUUCCAAGCCCAGCACGAACGGGAGUUCUUUUUCCGUCCUAAAACACCCCCAAUUUGGUCACCCGAUUCACACCUGCGCUUCAAGAAGUGGCGAGUUGAGGAGCUCAAGGCCUUCCUAACCGGGCCGGACCGCUCUUCUGCCGCGUUGUGGAAGCUGGACUUGUACAAGACUCGCUGGCGUGGAGUUAGCGUGAAGGAGCUCGCGUUGAAUUUGGAGGUGAGCGACUUGUUCAAGAAGGAACAGCCCCCUCAUCCCGUUCGAGGCCAUCCUACGGCCCCGGUGCCCCUCCGCCGAGCCUUCUCCAUGAGCUCCACGCUUUCCAACGAGCAGAGGGAAGGGAUCAAGAAACGGAUUGGCAUGCUGAUUGUUACAGCAGCCAAAAAUGGGCAUGGUGCUGACAAUUCUGGGCGACAGAGCAGGUUGGGUGGACGGGCUGCGGUGACGACGAGAAUGGGAUUUACCCUGUCGUCAGAUAAAAGGAAGAUAAGCCCUCCGAGAGGAUCACCGGAUCCAGGUCUGAGUGAGAACAAGAAGAAGGAGAUUUCCCACCGCAUCAGUGAAGAGCUGAAGGAGCGUCACCAACACCAAAAACAGAAUAAAUCUGCCUCGUCUUCCAUCCCGAUUGCGACACGGAUCGCGCUCCGAAAAGCGGAAUCCUUCAGUGGAGGUGGUGCAAAUAAUAAGCGUCCCAUUUACUCACUCUACCUCAGAAGUCCGGUCAACCAGCGGAUCAAAGCGUUCGAACAAUCAAACAAUCAAUUAAUCAAUGGAAGUAACGCAUUGCAGGAAGACGUCCUCCCUGCGCAACAAGGUGCUUAUCAUCGCGACAAGAUAACGACGACGACGACGAAGAGAAAGGUUGUCAACGUGGUGGCCCCCAGCAGCGUGCAAGGUCCUGCCUCCCUGCCAGUUCUGCCCGUGAGAGCGACAACACCUCCGUUCCGGUCGAACUCGCCCAGAUUGAGGUCUCCCUCCCCGCCGAGGAGAUCGGUAACGCCAACGCCGGGAGGAGGACCGCCUCUCCCACCACCAAUCCCCCGCGAGUACGUGUCCCAUAUGAACGUCAUCUCCAAACUGGCCGCCCUCCUGCUAAGAAGGAAUACGCAGUUGAAGGCGCUCGUCACUCGGGAAGUGUUGGAGAGGGAUCGGCUCGAGAGGUUGAGGGCGUUGAAUUAUGGGGAGGUUGAACGCCUCCGUGACUAUUUCGAAUCUGAUCGAGGCGGAUCAUGGGACCAGCUCGGUUCCGCGUUUGACGAACCAGUGAACCUCCUCCGAGUCCUGUUCUGUUCCGAUUCCAACUUGGCGAGGCUGGCGGAGAAAGCGGUGAAAGUGAGUGGAGUUGGUGCAAAACGGGCAGAACCGAGACCACCGCCGGAUGGAAGCUCACCCACGCCGAGGAUGCCUCAUCAACAGCAUCAUCAGAACAAAAGCAAUAAGGAGCUUCAUCUCACCACGAGAUGUCGGAAACCCAUCUACCAACCGAGCAGCAGUCCAAACGUGUGUCAACCUACUCUCACAGCGCAUUGUUACUUGAACCAUGGAGAGUCACUGGACAGGUUGGAUAAUGAUAACGAGUACAACUCGCUCCCUCCCGUCGUCACGAGAUACACGAACUAUGAUCCGUCCAUUCAUCAACCGAGGUAUCGAUACGUGCCUCCCCCACCAAUUAUUCUGCCACAGAGAUCCGCAAGUGCAAUGUCCCGCAUGGGUGGUGGUGGUCACGGCGUAGGUGGUGCUCGCCGGGUAGAAAGUUUCUCUGUCGGACAUCACCAUCAUCGUCCUGGGGUUGGAGGCCUGCCAUCGUCCAUUCGCAGAGCCACCAUCAGAGCCUUGCAACGCCCAUCGGCACAGGAAACGUCGGUUUGAAUGAAUCCAACUUCCGGUCUUAACUUUUCACCCUGCAAAUAAAUCUGACACAUCCGUCGCAGCCCCUCUCGCAUAAUGAAUUAAUGAAUAAGUAAUUAUGAUAAUUUUAGACGCCACAUUAAAAAAAUCAGUAGUAAUUUUCUUGUAAUCUUGUUAUUGCACACCCCUCCAUGAUGCUAUGGAUCACUUGGCUUUAUUGAUUAUUUCGUUUUUUUAAAAAAAAAGGUACAAAAUACUUGCUCUCUGUACGUCCUAAUUUAAAUCUUACCAAAUUUUGGUUGAGGGGGAAAUAAAUAGUUGGGAUCAAUAAAGAAAUAAAUUCAAAGA